AGCAUUUUUUUUCCCCGCUAUAUAAGCGCGCCAACAAGGACCGUUCAAGUGGGUCUGUUUGGGUUCAUCGGGUUCUGCAGAGCAGGCUGCUGGCUUUUUUUCUGUCAUCUCGUUGGGCUUCGAUUAAAAUGCCGGUGGAAACGUCCACAGCGUCGGGUUCUGGAAGCGCCGAGGAGAAGCCGUGCUCGUCGACAGCUGCAGCAGAAACCUCCGGUGACGUUAUGGAGGAGGCUAAAAAGCUGAUCGGCACGGGCAAACGGCAUCUGGUGAUGGGAGAUGUAGUUUCUGCCGUCAAUGUCUUCCAGGAAGCCUGCAGCAUGCUGGCUGCAAAGUAUGGGGACACAGCAGAUGAAUGUGGUGAAGCAUUCUUCCUAUGUGGGAAGUCUCUAUUGGAGCUUGCAAGGAUGGAGAACGGUGUCCUUGGUAACGCUCUGGAGGGAGUCCCAGAAGAAUCUGAGGAAGAGGAGCAGCCCAAAAACCCAAACCUGGAGACUGCAGACAACCUUGACGAUGACGACGACGACGAUGAAGACGAGGACAAAGAGAACACACAAGAUAAUGAAGAGGAGGAUGUUGGGAAUUUGCAGUUGGCUUGGGAGAUGCUUGAGGUGGCCAAAGUCAUUUUUAAAAGAAAGGAAAGCAAAGACGACCAGCUGAUGGCAGCACAGGCUUAUCUGAAACUGGGUGAAGUCAGUGCAGAAACAGGUAACUAUCCUCAGGCGCUAGAAGACUUCCAGGAGUGUCUGAUUAUUCAGCUGAAGCUCUUGCCGCCUCACUGUCGCCUGCUGGCCGAGACGCACUACCACGUUGCUACGACGCUGGUCUUCAUGGACCAGUACGACCAGGCCAUAAAGCACUACAACAGCUCCGUAAAGGUCAUCGAGACGCGUCUAGCCAUGCUCCAGGAGGUCAUUGACGCAGCGGCUGGAGAUGACGGUGCUGCAGAGGAGAAAAGUGAGCUGGAAGAACUCAGACAGCUUCUUCCUGAAAUCAGGGAAAAAGUGGAAGACGCCAAGGAGAGCCAGAGGACGGCCAGUGCUGCCUCCCAGGCAAUCCAGCAGACACUGGGAGCUCCCUCUACGUCAUCAACAUUCUCCUGUGAAAAUGGCGGCCCGUCAUCCUCUACUGCUUUUGCAUCGACCAGUCGGAUUCCAGUGAAAACCUCUGAAAGUGCUUUGUCUUCCAAAGCCGUGUCGGAUAUCUCUCACCUCGUUAGGAAAAAGAGGAAACCUGAAGAGGAGAGCCCAGUAAAGGACACAGAUGCUAAGCAACUGAAACAGGAAGCCACAGUUAAUGGCAGCGGUGACUCUAGUGCCAGCAACAGCAGUGAAACCCAGGAAGGAAAAUCAAAGGAGUCUGCCGCUGUAGAGUCUUCCUCAUGACCGCCUUGAUCCUCUUCAUCACUCUGAAACCAGCACAGCAUGCCUCUCCAGCUCCUCACAUCCAGUACUCUUGUUUCUGUAAAUAAAACUCAUUUUCAUGGAUUUGUCCAAGUUUUUGUAUACUUGUGGUAAAAAAAAAAUAAAGAAUUUGCAGAUGUAAA